AGUAUCUACUCGGUGCUGCAAUAUAAAAAAAGUAUAAACGUAAACAAAACAAAGAUGAGUAAGCCAUCUAAUUGUACGGAAACCUCGUCAAUUACUCCGCAAUGUCAAUACUAUGUUGUAAGAAAAAAAAGACUGUGCCGAAUGACUGUACGACCAGGCCAACAGUAUUGCGGUGAGCAUGAGCCGCAACCAAAAACUAAUAAUGGAAAGAACGAUUUACGUAUACCAUGCCCAAAUGAUCCAAAGCAUACCUGUUAUGCCAGCAAACUUGAUAAACACUUGUCUAUUUGUAAUGCUCGCCAACAGCAACAGCCAGACUAUAUAGUUUUCAAUAUCAAUGGUUCCACGGACACAGAAGACUGUCCUCGCCUGCCUCUUAGCAAGAUACCUCUUGGAACAAUAUCAAAAGUUAUUGACAAAAUUAAUAUUUUAUAUGACAGAUAUCUUAAAGAUAAAAUUCCAAUGUUGUCUGAGAAACCAAUUCAUACAACAGUUCUAGAUGAAUUUAAUGACCCUGGGAGAACUGAGAGCUCUUUGCGACAUCUAAGACAGGCUUCAAGGUUGCUACACAUUGUCGAAAAUGAGGGAUUUGUUAAACCCAAUACUUGCUUUAUAGAAUUAGGGGCCGGGAAAGGUCAUUUAUCAUAUUACGCAUGGUGGGCCUGGUGUCGGGAUACCGAUAGUAACGUGUUGUUAAUUGAUCGCGCAGCGUUACGACAUAAACGUGACAACAAGUUGCGUGACAGUCGCUUGAAGAUAGAUAACUGCAAAAUAAAUGUGACCGACCAGAACAAACCUGCCGACGAAUGGGACGAAAGCUCCGUAAAUCACUCGAAAAACGUUCUCCGAAUUAGAGCCGAUCUCGCCAAUCUCGCGUUGGAACGGGUACCGGCCGUGCGGGCAAGCGAUGCGGUCGUCGGCUACGCUAAACACCUAUGCGGAAUCGCCACAGACUACGCGCUGCGCUGUAUCACUGCGAGCGGCGUGCUGGACAAAGUAUCCGGCGUGGCGCUGGCCACCUGCUGCCACCACCGCUGCGAGCGCGCCGCCUGCCUCGCCGCGCGCCCGCUGCAGGGCUUGGGUAUCGAUGCAGGAGACUUCAACGUAAUGCUGGGCAUCGUAUCGUGGGCCACGUGCGGCGAUGGACGCAGUCGCGACGCGCGCAGGCGCACGGACACGGACACGCACACGCACACCCGCACGAACACACAGUUGGGAGUAGGUAACGGUGACGGAGAGAACUUGGGCACUAAAAAUUUAAAUCUGAGCCAGGAGCAACGUGAGUAUAUCGGCAAAAGGGCUAAGAUGUUGCUGGACUGGGGUAGAGUGUUGCACUUGAAGGAACUGGGGUUCGAUGCCGAACUCGUGUAUUACGUGCCACAGACCGUAUCAUUAGAGAAUGUUUGUAUAAUUGCCAGGAAACUUAGUAUUAUUUAAAAUACAUCAUAUACAUACUUAUUAUAUUGUAUAAAUAAUAAAACA